AUGAAGGCUCCCGCACUCGCUUUACUUUUGAUCGCAUGCGUGAGAGCUAAUUCACCUAAUGUGAUGCCGGAGUUGAAAAAUGAUACAGUAGAAGUGCUGAAGCUUGUUAAAAGAGGAGCUGCUGAAGAUAUGAAACCAGAGGAAGAUUCGAUUGAAGAAGUCAACAUAAAAAGCGGAGUUGCUAGCGUCCUGUUUCAGGGAGAUAUUGUCCUAACAAAGGAACAACAACAAAUUGUUGCCAGUGCAAGACAAGCUCGAGCCAAAAGGCAAGCCUACAACGAUAAAGGAAGUUGGCCUGCAAGAAAGUGGACAAAGGGGCUUGCUUUCAUGUUAGCACACUAUUUAGACGAGUCGACGAAGACUGCCUUCAGGAAAGCAGCGAAAUUGUGGGAGGAGGAUACGUGCAUUAACAUUACAGAAUACCGAUGGCCAGACCCGAAUGGUGUCAUACCACCCAAAGACAUUCUCAUGGUAGAAGGUGGGAAUGAUGGAUGUGAAUCGUAUGUCGGUAGAAUGAUCAAAGAAGGCCCGCAGCCCCUUAAGCUCGGCGUGGGCUGUGGAACGGUAUGUGUUCAUUGA